CCGCCGGUGCCUCCUCCCUCCGCCUGGCACAGUUGGUGCCCAGAGAUUAGCACAAAGAGAUCUUCGGAAAGAGCGGCCCAGCUGACCUGACAUCAAGCCUGAAAUGGCAAGCGCGCAUGAAUUAGGCAUGAUGCAGCGCGGGCCCCACCGACGGACGGGGUGGGCGCGGCCACUCAGCGGGCGGGCAGCAGCGUCACCUCCUAUGGCGCCCCAAGCUUUGCCAUUGCCAGGGUCGCGGCUUCCCAUUCGGAGCUCUGCCAACCCCUCACGCGGUCGCACAUCAGCCGAUAACCCGCUGCCGUGGCACUGCGAAUCACAGUGAGCAGCGACGACGGGGUGGCUGCGUGCUGAUUCCUUGACACGCUAGCGGCCGGCGUCGCUUUCGACUUCACCUCUCCCAAGGAGUGCUCUCGGUGUUCCUUCAUCUCCCCAACAAACUUCCUCCUGCCCCUUUGCCUGCUGUUCAGAACCGCCACAGCAGCCAAACCCAAAAGAAAAACCAUGUAGACUCUGCCGCGCUUCCAAUCGCAUUACCUCAAUAUUCACUGUCAAUAAACACAAAUUACCGCCCCCCUCAGAUCCUCACAAGAUGCGCCCGACGGACGGUUUUGGGCGGUCCCCCGCCCGCUCGUCGACGGACGACGACGCGCUGCUUGGAAUGUCCUCGUUCCACUCGGUCUCGGGCCCGCAGUCCAUGUCGUACUGCCUUGCCGACGAGGCCGCCCUGAACGCGUCGCUCGAGCAGUCGCUUGCCGCCUUCACCAGGCCGAGGCACGACCUGCGCAAACGCUCCGACAUGGCCGCCAAGGACACGCACCACCACCACCCCCACGAGUAUCCUCCCCACUCCCCCGGGGGUCCGCCACCGCCAGCGCUCCCACCCCGCUCCGUCCCACCCGCCGACACGACUCCGCUGCCCCCCUCCCGCCCCGGCCCCGGCUUCGGCUUCGGCUUCGGCUUCGGCGGCAGGUACGGGUCCUCCCGCUCCGCCUCCCCUCCCCUUCUUGAGCCCCUGCACGACAUGCUGUCACGCACACUGGCCUCGCCCACCUCCUCCCCGCACAAGUCAUCCCAGCCGCCUUCGUCGCGCCCCCUGACGCCAUUCUCCGCGCCCGGCCUCUCGGGCCCCGCCUCGGCUUUUAGCGGCAUAUCCUCUCGCCGCAACUCGUUUUCCGAGUUUUCCGAGGCCGACAUCGCCAGUAUCGCUGACACCAACGAGGCCUAUGACGUGGCAGACGAUGGUGCCAGUGCUAGCGUGCAGGAGGCCCCUGAUGGCAUCGCCAGCAUGGAGGACAACGGUAGCUCUCCGCAGCUUGUUAUGCCCAGCAUCAAGAUGCCCAGUCGUAGGCCCUUUUCUCCAGAGGGCAAGGCAAUCGGCCGGCUCAAGAUCCUAAUUGCUGGCGAAUCUGGCAUCGGCAAGACAUCCUUGAUCAAAGCCAUUGUGCAGAUAUGCGAGCACAUCGUCCACGUGGACCCCAUCAACCCUCACGUUCCUGAUGCUAUUUCGGCCGAUGUGACUACUUCCAGGGGUGCCAAAUCCAAGUCUCAAUCUUCACAAUCAAAGACUUCCAGCGGCAGCACCGACCGCGUGACCGAGAUAUAUGGCAGCACCAAGGCGUACCCAGACUGGUGGACCGAUUUGGGCGACGACCCGUCCCGUGUGCAGAAACUGAGAAAGGGCCUAGGUGACAGCGUCCUGGAUCGUAAUAUUUGCUUUGUUGAUACCCCUGGGUUCCGAGCCGGCUCAUCCCAGUCUUUGCAAAACGUUAUGCCUGUGGUGCAAUAUGUCGAGUCCCACCUAGAGCGCAUGUCGUCCAACUCGCUCAGCGACUCGGACCUGCUUGCCUUGCUGGGCGGCGAAGGUGGCUCUCAGGUCGAUGUCGUGUUCUAUUUGAUUUCCCGUGAUAUAAAACCGGCUGAUCUGCAAUAUCUUCGGCUGCUCGCCCCCCUGACAAACGUUAUACCGCUGCUGGCUCGCUCAGACACCGUUCCCCUGGGCCAGCUUGUACCCAGCAAAGACCGGAUUGUGAGCCAGCUACAGGCUGCCGGGGUGCGGCCAUUCGACUUUUCGGCGUCGCCUCUCGACGCAGGUGCCCAACUCCCUUAUGCGGUAUCCAGCGCCACCGGCUCCGACAAUGACGUCAUGGAAGCGAGCCUGCUUAUGAGCCCAGACUAUGUCCAACCUUUGCUACCAUCGGAGCUAGAUGUGCUAGUCCGGCAGGCUUUCAGUUCGGACGGGGCCUCGUGGCUACGACACUCGGCGGCGCGGAAGUACCUUCAGUGGCGCUCGGGCGAGCACGCAUCCAAGCCGCAGGCAUUGUACCGGCCCCUGCACCAAUGGCCCCCGGCACCUGCAGCUGUACCCGCUACCCCACGUCCAAAUCCGUCCCAGAGUGUCCCUGGAGCUCCUCCAACUGGGGGUAUGGCCACGGCAGACUACAGAAACAGCCAGCAGCGGGCACUCCUUGGCCCGGCCGGAUCAGGCUCAGAGACAGCAAUGGCUCUCCUCCCCGCAAACAAGCGCGAGGAGCAGCUGGCUCAGGUGCGACUGGCCAGCUGGGCCGCAGACCUCCAGCGAAGUCUAGCCAAUGAGCGGGCACGCUACGAAAACAUCGCACGGGGGGAGCGCGCUGUCUGGCUGACCGAGCGUCUAGGAGAGUGUGUCCAGGAUGGCACUUUGGCGCCAGUGCGUGGUGGCAGGGUUGGCAACGCUGGCGUCGGCAACAACCAUGGCAGAAGUGCCCUUCGAUACCCGCAACAUCUCAGCAGUGCGUUAGCGUCCACUUCCGCGUUUAGUGCAUCCCCGGGUCCGACAAAGAUCAUGAGGCGCCGCCCCUCGCCCCCAGACGCCGCAGACCCGCUGGGCCUGAUCGAACUGGUGGCCGAAUUCCGAGCUAAGGGCUGGGUUGCACUCGAGGUCCUGGGGAGUAUAGGAGUCCUUGGAGGUCUGGCGCUCUGGGCCACGGGCCGGUACUGGCACGCCUAUUACUACGACUGGAUAGUUGGGAGGCUGUGUGGCGAUUGAAGCGGGAGGAUGGGGACGGGGGAGCUGUUUCCCCCUGCUUUUCAGUUCAGGGGCUGUAACACAAGAUGGCGCCGAGCGUGAGACUGAUGCAUUGUAAUUAGAUUCUAGCACUCCUUCAUCUCUCUUCUUUCUUACUUCCUCUUUUUUUUUCCAUCUUGAUCCGCCUUCUGCUCUGUGUCCAACCCUUAUCCCACUGGGGGAAGCGAUGGUCCUCCACCAGAGCGUUCCCAGAUAGGUCAUAGUUAGAAACAACCCGCCACAUUCGGCUUUAUGUAAAUGAAAUGGCGUGUGCACGGAUAUGGGCCACGCAGCCGGAUGAUAAUAAUAGUUUUUAUGCCCAAGGUGGCCGAUCCCGUCUGUCGUCGUCAGGGGUCGCGCUUGCG